AUGUCUUCAUCAAGCAGGGGAAGCCGGACGUUACGUUCUGUUAUUUCUUCUUCCUCCUCGAGCAUCUGCUCUCGCUGCGCCGCCACCCGAGCCACCCCCGUGCGCUUCUAUUCUGCCGCCGCCACCUCAACCACCCCUUCAUCUCCCUCGCAACCACCACCAUCAGCAUCCUCGCCGACCGCCGCCGCCGCCCCCUACGACAUUCGCUCCGGGCUCGUGCUCACGCGGCCGCCGCUCCUCACACGGCCUUUGCACCCCUUCGAGAAUGCCUUCUUCUUCUACCAGAAGCGUCUUGAGGAGCGUCUCAACACGGCCUUUAUCCCCAGCAUCUACUACAAGCCCGACACACCGCGGCGACUCGACUGGGACCUCAAAGUCAAGGAGCGCCGCGGCACCGUCGCCAAGGAGCUCGGCGACUAUCACGGCAAGAGCGCGACGGCGUGGGACGACGAGCUGCUUGUUGGCGACGCGCUGAGCGACCCGGAGACGACGGCCGCGAGCUUGCUCAAGGACGCGCAGGCGCGCAUCAGCGACGACGCCGAGGUCAUUGCCCCCGAGGACCUGGUCGAGGCGCCGGCGCCGGUGCCGCGCACGACCGAGGCGGAUGAGCGAAACGAUGUCAGGCGUCUGGAUCGCAAGCUUGACCAGACGCUGUAUCUCGUUGUUAAAGGCGAGGACGGCUGGGGUUUCCCCGCUGACGUCCUCACCGAGUCGGAGAAUCUUCACGUUGCCGCCAAGCGAGUCCUUGAACAGGCCGCCGGCGUCAACAUGAACACCUGGAUCGUCGGCCGCGUUCCCGUCGCCCACCUGAUCGAUGAGCCCGCCCUCGCCGCCGACGGCGCCGUCCAGAAAAAGGGUCGCAAAACUUUUUUCCUCCGCGGCCGCAUCAUGGCCGGCCAGGCCGACCUCAAGGACAACGCCCUCGGCUACACCGACUUCAAGUGGCUGACGCGCGACGAGCUCGCCAAGGAGCUACCCCAGGCCUACUUUCGCGGCGUGCGCAACAUGAUGUCGGACAGGUAA